CGCUCGGGAGGAUGACUGCAGUCGCUCCCUCGACGCUCUCUUCCCCCGCCCUCAGCAGUAGAAUCGCCCGGUCCCACCCGCAGCUCCCGGCUGCUGCCGCCUUCUGCCCCGUUCGGUCCUUCAGGGAGUCCUUCCCACCCCUGUUCGUUGGCAGAGAUCGCAUAAACUCAGUUCCGAGCUGUUCGUUGGGGAGACCCCCGAGUGUCUUAAGAGAAAAGCCCCUCGACUGUCGCGGUUGCGUUUUGGGAGGAGGGGCUGUGACCGCAGAAACCCGUCAGCGAUCCUCUGCUGGCGGGGCUUCUCUGUGCUGCUGGGAGCUGACGUUAAACCUGAAAUAAACAGGAGAAAGCAGCAAUGUCUUCUGACGUGUCACAAUAUACUAUUGGGGGAGUGAAGAUUUUGUUCCCUUGCAAGGCUUACCCUUCACAGCUUGCUAUGAUGAAUGCUAUCGUUAAGGGCUUAAAUAACAGGCAGCACUGCUUGUUGGAGAGCCCCACAGGAAGUGGCAAAAGCUUGGCAUUACUUUGUUCUGCAUUAUCAUGGCAGCAGGCUCUGUAUGAGAAAUCACUGCUGAAAUCAUCAUGUGAAAAGGAGGACAGAAAGGAGCCAGCAGCCUCCCCACCGUGUUGCUGUGUUUGUCAUUCCCUAUCCAAGAGCAGCGAGGAGGCUGCAGGAGCGAGUCAUGGUGCUGCGUGUUCCAGUAAUCAUGAAACAGGAGGCUCUGUAAAAACUGGAGGCCAACAAACAGACACAGAAUGCAAGGAAAACAAUACCCUAGCUUCAAAAUUGUCUGCCAAAAAAAGGGCAGCUGUAUGUGGAAACGAGAGCGAUGACUUUCAAGUAGACAGGAAGAGGAUUCGUCCUUUAGAAACAGAGCAGCAGGUUAGAAAACGUCAUUGCUUUUCAAAAGAGGUGCAACUGGUUGAUGCUUCAGAAGUUUAUAAUCAGAGAAAAAAUGGAGAGCUGGUUGUUCAUUCUGAAAAAAGUGUGAAAAACACUUCUCCUAAAACGCUUUCCAUCCCUUGCACGGAGUGUUCCUGUUCCUCUGGAAAAGAAACUCGUAAAGAUGCUGGUAACACAAAGAAGAAAGCAAAUGGAGAUCAAACGUUCAUUCCCAAAAUAUUUUUUGGAACGCGAACUCACAAACAGAUUUCCCAGAUUAGCAGGGAGUUGAAGAGGACAGCGUAUUCCGGUGUCUCUAUGACGAUUCUCUCCAGCCGGGAUUACAGCUGUAUUCACCCAGUGGUGUCCAGUAGUAGUAGCAACAGGAAUGAACUGUGUGUAGAAUUACUAGAAGGAAAGCAUGGCAAGUCCUGUCUUUACUAUCAUGGUGUUCAUAAACUCACUGAACACUAUGCCCUGCACUCUGCACAUAACACAUACCAGUCUUGGGACAUUGAGGAUCUAGUGAGCCUGGGAAAGAAACUUCGUGCCUGUCCAUACUUUGCAGCCAGAGAACUCAUGGUGGGGGCAGAUAUUGUAUUUUGUCCUUAUAACUACCUCCUAGAUCCACAGAUAAGGGAGAGUAUGGAAAUUAACCUGAAAGGCCAGGUAGUCAUUUUGGAUGAAGCCCACAAUAUUGAGGACAGUGCUCGGGAGGCAGUGAGCUACAGUGUUACAGAAAGUCAGCUGAAUGCUGCUCGAGAAGAGCUAGAUUUCAUGGUCAAUAACAACAUCAGACAGAAGGAUCAUGAGCACCUGCGGGCUGUGUGCUACUCUUUGACAAACUGGCUACGGGCAAGCUCUAGUCAGCUGGUAGAAACAGGGUAUGAAACCUCCUGUAAGGUUUGGAGUGGAAAAGAAAUGCUCAACCAUUUUCACGAAAUGGGAAUAACCAAUAUUAGUUUUCCCAUUUUACAGAAACACCUUUCUGCUGUCUUGGAAAAAGAAGAAAAAGUAUCAAUGUUUGGUAAAGAGGAGCUUGUUGAGAUCCCUAUCGUGAGCUCUGCCACUCAGAUUGUGCUGAAAGGUUUAUUCAUGGUUCUUCUAUAUCUUUUUAAAGAUAACAGCAGGUUUGCAGAUGAUUACAGAGUUGCUUUGCAACAAACUUACGCUUGGACAAAUGAAAACCAACCUGAUGUUUCAGAUACAAGUGCUUUCCUUGCAAAGACCAAACAUAAAAAGAAUUUGCGACAUAAAACUGCAGUCCACAUGCUUAAUUUUUGGUGCUUAAAUCCUGCUGUGGCUUUUUCAGACCUAAAUGAUGUCAGAACAAUUGUUCUGACCUCUGGUACGCUCUCUCCAAUGGAUUCAUUUUCUUCCGAACUUGGUGUGAAGUUUUCCAUUCAGCUGGAGGCCAAUCAUGUUGUCCGGAACUCACAGGUUUGGGUUGGCACCAUUGGAGCAGGCCCGAAUGGUCGGAAGCUGUGCGCCACGUUCCAGCAUACAGAGACCUUUGAGUUCCAAGAUGAGGUGGGAGCACUUCUCCUUUCAGUGUGUCAAAGAGUUGGCCAAGGAAUUCUGUGUUUUUUGCCAUCUUAUAAGCUGUUGGACAAAUUGAAAGAUCGCUGGAUGCACACUGGCUUGUGGAGAAACCUGGAGCUUGUUAAGACAGUCAUUGCAGAGCCUCAAGGAGGAGCAAAAAGUGACUUCGAUGAACUGCUGAAAAUAUACUACGAUGCAAUAAAAUUUAAAGGAGAAAAAGAUGGAGCACUCCUAAUAGCUGUGUGCAGAGGAAAAGUUAGUGAAGGCUUGGAUUUCUGUGAUGAGAAUGCUCGAGCAGUUAUAACCAUAGGUAUUCCGUUCCCAAAUGUGAAAGACCUUCAGGUUGAAUUAAAGAGGAAGUAUAAUGAUCAGCAUAAAACUACAAGAGGCCUUUUAUCAGGGAGCCAGUGGUAUGAAAUCCAGGCUUACAGGGCUCUGAAUCAGGCCCUGGGAAGGUGUAUAAGGCAUAGGAGUGAUUGGGGUGCCCUUAUCUUAGUUGAUGACCGCUUCCGGAACAACCCUAACAAGUACAUAACUGGAUUAUCUAAAUGGAUUCGUCAACAAGUCCAGCAUCAUGAAAAUUUUGGUAGUGCACUCGAAUCCUUACAUGCAUUUGCUGAAAGAAACCAGAAAGGCAUUGAUUUUUCGUCACAGGGUAGCAAUGAAUUUUCCCAUGUACCUUUAAAUUCAAAAGAGCUGUCAUCAGCUUCUCAACAGGAGGCAACUAUUCACCUGUCACCAGAUGUUCCUGUUAAAACUGAGGAGCAAAGUUUGGUCCCAGGAACUCAUUUAACUACAACCAUCGACUCAAUUAAUCCCGAACCAUCAAAUCAGCCAAGUAAUAUCACAGCAAUAAUGCAGCAAAGUGGCCAGAAAGUUGAUGUGGAGAGUCAUUCUCACAAUGCAACACAAAGAAGAAAACAUAUGGACUCCAAACCCAGAAGGCCUGCAACUAAAACAGAGAGAGAAAAAAAGAGUGAUCGGACUAAUUCUGAUUUUAUGAAAGAGCACUGCUGCUUUAAACCACUGACUUCAACACCUUUGCCUGUAGCCACGAACUGCGUGUCCACAGCAAGCAGCAAACAAAGAAAGAAUGUGAACAGUGCUAGUGAACUUAUUGGUGGUGUAAAUCAGUGCCAGUCAUCAUUCACUUUAGAACAUAAACAAAGUAUACCAGAGUCACAUUUGGAAACAACUGAUUUUUCAGUCAAAAAUACAGAGGCCCCAGUUGCUGAGGAGCAUCUUGAUGAGCAAAAGCUUCACAUUGAGCCCAGUAGUGAGCUUCCUUCAGUAGGAGGGAAGCCUGAACUUUCAGUGUUAGACAUGUCUGCAGAAGCUGAGGAUGAGGAUGAGAGCCUUUACUUCACUCCAGAGCUCUAUGAUGAUGCAGAAUCUGAGGAACAGGAAGUGAGACCACUAGAUCCAGAUGAGAAUCAGAUUGAAUGUGGAAAACCCACAGUAGCUGAUGAUCUUUUUGUAAUCAGUACCUCAAAAACACUAAGUGAGCCAAAAGCAAUUACUAAUGAUGAUGUCAGAAACACAGGUUUACUUGGAACAAUGCUGAAUGAUAUCAGUAAGAAUAGUGCAGUUAAUAUUGAAAAGGUGACUAAUGGAAAAGAAGCAGAACAGGUAGAAUCUCAAGAGGUGGACACCAAAAAACGGAAAAUCAGUCUUUCCAGAUCAAGAAAUAAAGGAUUGAAAGUUCAGAGGCAGUACAGAAGAGGAAAAUCUACUGUUAGGGCAAGAGACAACACCUGUGAAAAAAAGAAGGAAAACCAACAACAGCCUUGCAAGAGAGGACUUCACUGUAUUAUCUGCGGAGCAGAAAUACUACCAAAAGCAGAAGGCAUUUUGAGAAAAACUUGUUAUGGUGAUAUUGAGAUGAAAGUAAUCUUGAAACUCUUCAGAAGUACGCAUGUAAGAAGUAAGGAAUCCAGUAAUAACUGUACAUGUGAACUAGAUGUCACUUCAGAUGAUGAUAACAUGAUGUUGGUCAUCACAGAUGUUGCAAGUCUCAGUCAUCUUAAAGAAACUUUGAAGAUUUAUCAGAUGCCAGUGAAAAGCAAAGGCACGAAUGCCAGUUUAUCUUUAAAUGCAGUUUGGAAUGAGAAGGAAUAUUCUCUGACAAGUUACUUACAGUGCAGGAGCUGCCUCGUCCAGUCAAUGUCUCCAUGCCCUUUGAUAGGAGCUGAGGUUAUUCAUUUCAGCAAUAAAGCACAGUCAUGGGUCUGGCUGCUCCCAUCGUCUGUUCGUUAUUGCUUACUGCUACAGAACCCUCAAAAACGGAAAGCAGGCAAUUCAGAUUAUUCUUUAUCUUAAAAGAUUUUACUGAUCUCUACCACAGAUUCAUCAGGACUAACGAGACAGAUAAGUAAAGGAUUUUGUUAUUACAUGCUAACUCCAUAAAGAUACUCUGGGGUAAGCGGAGAGGUGGUACAAUCUUUCUUGUGAGUGGUUGGGAAAGAGCUACCUGGUUACAAAUUCUGGCCCCACUGAAGUCAGCAGGGGUUCUGCCAUUUGCCUUCAACAAAGCAAAGGGUUUCACCAUGUGUUUAACAGGAAUAUUUUGCUGGAACUGUUGUCAGCAUGCUAGUAAAUAGACCAUUUUAAAAUUUGCCUUCUUUUUCACGUUCGAAUGUUUGUUCACCUCGCCUAUGCUUGAUGUAAUUUGAUACAAAAAAUUCUCCUCAAUUUCAUUUUAUUUCAGGUAGGUUUUGAAUUGGUUCAUUUUUUACUUCUUGUGCUUUUAGAGACCCCACGUGGCAAUGUCUGGGCUAAAAACACAGUAGGGGAAUGUUCACAUAUUUUGUCUUGCUGGGAUUUAAACUGAAUUAAAGAAAAACAGAAAUGAAAACAUUUGCAUUUGUUUAUGUAAUUAGAAAAAAAUCACAUAAAGCUGGGCCCGAGCUAGCUGAGAAUAUCUCUGUAAUGAACACAAACCUUCACCUUUUUGCAAGCACGCUGUAACUGCAGAGCUGCACAUAUCAUAUCUACCGUAUCAAUGACAUUUUGGAGUACGUAAAAAAACCCCACUCUAUUUGUCUUAGGAAAUAUCGAAAACUUUUAUAGGGAAUUUGGAAAAUAUUUUUUGGCCAGCAUGAAAGGUGAAAUCUUGCAGCACAAAGUACAGACAUGGGCACAGAGACUGAACAGACGGGCUGCUGUAAAACAACCAUUUAAUAAGGCAUUAAAAUGCCAUCGACUUGGACACAUAAAAAAAAAAAGCUAUGAAAACAAAUGCCUUUCAAAUAAUUAGGAUCUUAUGCUUGAGACCAGUGUUGAUCUCUAUGCAGAGAUUUUCCUGCUGAAAUCAGACCAGCCUAAGUCUGAUCGUCUAAGGAAGGAAUUAGCAGCGUAUAAAUCGGCUGCUGCUCGAGAUUUUUCUGUUUCUGCCAUACAUAACCAUUCAUUUAAAUGGCCACUUCAGACUUUCUAUCUCCUUCUUUCUGUUUCCUAGAGUAGUUUGAAACACAUUUGACUUAGUGCGCCAGAAUAAUUUUUUAAUUGAAUCUUGAAUUUUUAUCAAGAGUACGUGAAAGGGUUGAAUUACCAGCUCCUGCCACACUGCAUAAGUGAAUCUGAGCCAAAUGCAGCCAGAAAUAGCAACAGAACCCAGUUCUGUUCUCCAAAACAUAGUGUGACUUUGCUUUCACUUGAAGUAAGGAACUUGGUGUUUAUAAUGCAUCAAAAUGAUAUAAAUCUGUCCUUCAACUCACCUGUAAUGUACGCAGACACAAAAACAAGAAGUAAAGUUGCCCAUUCAUGUCUGUGUAUUUACUCCUGGAUCACUGCUGUCAUGGUUGUCCUUGCCUGGAUACCUCACAGAAGACGCUCUAGUUACACAGAGCAUGUUUAAAACAACAGCAUCCAUGACAGUGUAGUUAACAUUACUAGAAAAAAAAUAGUAAAUGCGAUGUUGUCCGAGAGAUGAGCAUCAAAUUCUCAACUUUAAGCUGGAAUUUAAUAACAUUUCACAAAAGAAAUGUUUAAUGAAUAUUGCUUUUCAUAUACAGUAAAGUUACUGUUUUGAUCUCCAUUUUGCUGUGCAUUAACAUCGAUAACCUUGGAUAAAUGGACGCACGGUCCUUCUGCAUUUUGUCUCGUUUCCUGUUCUGUCAUUAGCCUAAGGCACAGACUUUCAAACCUCUAAUUUUUCUUUCAGAUCUGUAAUUUCAAGUACUCUUAGAUUUUCUGUUUUUAACACAGGAUUUCACACAGAUGAGAACCCUGUGUGUAACUCCCAUAGCUAGGCAGAAUAGGAGAUCUUUCUCUUGAUAUUAUGAUUUCUUCUAUUAAUCUGUUUUAUAUGACUUUCUGCUAGCCUUGCUUUUAAAGGUGUGAAAACUUGCACUGCAGAGGUAUUUUAUAGAUUGCAACCAUAAUUUCUGAAUAAAAUUCUAAAUAACUGGUCUGGUUAUAAAGCUUUGGGCACAAUUUUUAGGUUCCUGGGAACUGCUGUUAAACCUCUGUUGCCAAUUGGCUAGCAGUACAUCCCAAUUAGUGACCCCUCUAUCUAGCAGUAGCUGUAUGUGAGUGACUUUUUAUUUUUUUUUAAGUCAGUCGUAAAUGGUUAGUCCAAAAGAGUAGCAUAAAACUUCGAGCGAGUCCCCUGCAGGAGUCGGCUGGAGGAAAUUAAAGGAUCAACAACACAAGGGAAGCACUGAGGCAGGAUUGUUCCAGGCUGCAGCCACAGGCUUUCACAUGCACUCAGGAAAUUGACUUCAUCAAAAGCUGAGGAUGCAGGCGUGAGGAUGAGGAGGAUAAUACAGGUGAUGAUUCUAAAUCAUGGCUCAAUAUCACAGCGUUUUCCAAGGGAGAGGUUCCGUCCCGCCCUGAAGAAAGCAGGUUUUCUAUAUAAAAAUAGUCUUCUCCUUAUGAAUUAAUAAAAGUUGGGCACAAAUCUGAGCUAUAAAUCUAAUAUGACUUAAUAAAUAAUGAAGACUCAGUUUCCCCAAAACAAUAUCAGUUGGAUGUGGGGUUUUUUUGCACAAGAAAAACAUGACUCCUUAUAAGCUCCACUGCUCAGUACACAGCGUUAUUGCCCUGUGCACGUUUGUGUUUGUGAGAGCUGUAAAACAAAGGACUCCAGAGUGCUUCAGACUUACAGGCAGGCAAGGAGUUUUCUUUAAUGCUUCUAAGCAAAUUCUUGCUGCAGAAGUUUGGAUAUUCUGGGUCCAUGAUGAAGCUGAAACCUUCCUAGUGUAGUUGGAAAGAGUUGCAAGAGGGGAAAUGCAUAAAUCUACAUCUGGAGCCAAGUAUGCUGGGAAGGCGUAAAGAGAUGGGGAAGCAGGAGUGCCAGAACAGGGCUGAGAGCAUGAAAUUCUGCAGGGAAAAGUGGGAGAAAGAAAGAGGAAUGUCCCAGGAAUGAAGCUCUUAUAAUGUUCAAAUCUUUCCUCGGAAGUAAAAGUGUGGAAGGCUAUAAUCCAAAUAAGGAAAUUAGAACAAAAAUUAACAAUAUUCAGCUAUUCAGAUGUCAAAAGAAACAGCAGAGUUAUUGGUGUUAGAGGUUAUUGCCAGGAGGGAAAAACUCAGCAUGCUUUGGGUAAUUAAGCUUCAUUGGAGAGCAUGGAUCCCUUUUCCAGGUAAGAAAUGCUUUUAUAACACGGCAUCUUUUGCUAUUGUAAUUAAACACCACGGACUAUUCUGCAUAUGAAGUCUUAAACGCUUUAGUCCUUUAUCAUGGGAUUUUACUGGCCAGGCAUGUGUGUUCUUAUGGCAAAAAGCAUUGGCUGCUAUAAAAAAAGAAACCCAAACAUUUCUUUUUAUGACUUGACUUGCUGUAUUUUUAUAUAUAUUGAGCCAAAUCCAUCCCUUGUGGAGCUGAGUUGAAGCCAAUAAGGAUAGAUUUGGCCCAUGUCUAUAUGAGAAAGGUGGUGACAAUUAAAAUAUAUUGUUUAAUAAUGAGAGCUAUGGUAGUGAAGUGUCUUUGUGUCUAUGAAAUUAUACACCACGACACCACACUGCCAGUAGAGAGUGAGGCUAGCAAAACAAGUAAGAGCAGUUUCUGAUGGAAGGGCAAAAGCGCUCUAACUUUUAUUAUUAUGAUUAAAUAUCACAAAGGCAAGACUAAUUUAGGUAACAUCUCCAGAAGUCUCAUUUAUAGUGUAGUAUUUUGCCACAGUGUAUUUUAAAAUAUUUCUUGCAUGUCAUUAUAUGUAGCUAGCAAGGGUAGUAUGACUGGCUGCCAUUAGCAGUAAGUAAAAGAACGGUUCUUAUUUCAUUUAUAUUUUAGUGAUUUUCAGUAAUGCUGCAAAAAGGAAUGCAUCCUAUGAAAUGAAAUGUGCAGACAGCCAUUAUUAUCACUUUAUAUUGGUAGUUCCCAGCGGUUCCUCUGUGUGAGGCGUUGCACCAGCACAUGAAAGCCACUGCUGAUACCCUGAAGAUCUUCAGAUCUUGCCUAUUUAGGCAGUGAGAUAUGCAAAGCUUAUUGCACAGACAACCAGGUCAUCUGUACAAAACCAGAACAAAUGAGUUUUGUUUGGCUCCUUGACAUGGUGGGUUGCAGGAAGCAAAUCUUCUCUUGUAUCCCUGUUGGUAAGUUAUAACAACUUUUAUACGCCAAAGCCCUACUCAACUGCCUACUGACUUGUAUCCCUUUACUGAAGAUAUUUGGGUAAUGGAUACUCACAGCCAGUAAUCACAGACUUAAACCCAAGCUCUUCAAGGGGGUUGCCAGAAAGCUGGGCUCAACCAUGCAGCUCUGUAAAGAAGCUGAGCACUUAGAGAACACUGGCCAGCAGCAAUGGAGCCCAGGAGCAAUGGCCGAAGGCAAUCAAUCCAUUGCCCUGCUGAGCUAAUGGGCUCCAGCUGAAAAGGUACCUCUUAUAUGAAAAUAAUGGCACUUGGGAAGCCUCUCACCCUCAAAAACAGAGGAAAAGAAAAUGCGCAGCAGAAGUUCUUUUUUGCUGUAAUUAUUACUCAUUCUGAAUCUCUAUCAUAGAAAUCUGGCCUUUGGCACUGGAUUAAGAUAAUAUUUUAUUAGAAGAAAGCAUGAUUCAUCAAAUUGAUGCGUUGCAGUAUCUGUGGAAAGGAAAACUGGGAAAGACACAAAAGAAGCUGGGCUGUGGAAAACCACUGCCAAACAGAGAGUCUCAGACUGCACUAAGAAACAACAAAAAAGAAAAUAUUUCCAAAGAAACAUCUGAGCACAGCAUUACAGCCAAGUGAAGAAUUAUUACUGCAUUAGGCUUUCAGAGUGGGGCAUGCAGUGUAUGUGGUAGGAGAAUACCCUGUCAUUUUGAAAUUAAAGAAAAGUGCAUGUGUUCCACAUCAAAACUCAGUUCCUCAGAAGGCUUGUUUGCAUGCUGCCAGUUGCUUCUGCUCUUUGUCAAGAAGAAUAUUUUUAUUUUCUAGUUACCAUUUUCUCCCUCUCUCUCUCCUCCUCAUCAUUUUCAAGUUCACCAUUUCCUUGUGUUUAUUUCCUUGCUGUUGACUUCCUGCUUCCAUUCUUUUCUGUCUGGAGUAUGAAUAUUGAUUUUCAGGCGAUCUGAUUAAGUGCUUUGCAGAGGUGAGUAAAGAUUAUUUUCAUUUUGUGCGUGACAGACACAAAGCAAAAAUUAAGUAGUUUACUAAUGGCUGUAAGCUGAAUCACUGCUGAGUAUAUUAGGACUGGAAAUCUUGAACUUCACUAGAAUUCUUAGACAACCAUUUAAAGCUGUUUUUGAAAUCUUUUGAGUUAAUUGUGCAGCUUGCAGGACCAGCUCUUCCUUGUGCACCAUCUUGGGAACGGGAAACACAGCAUGCACCACACGUUCCUCCAUCAGUGCCAUCCUGUAGCCAACCCUGCUUCUUCCCACCUGUGUCACACUGGGGCAAAUGGUCAGACGAUCCACAGGGGCGCUCACUUGCCUCUCUCUAUAUGUGCAGUCUUUGUUGGAGGCUGAGAUUUGCCCUUUUGCUUUUCCAUGCACACUCAUGCAGUCUGCUUGCAUUAACACCUCCCACCUUUGAAGUGCUUAGGCAACAUUUACACAGAGAGUUAAACCCCAUCUCUCCUUGCAUGUUCCGAAUGAAGAAAUGUAGAAAUACUAAGGGUCAUCCAUUCAAAAGUCUGUGUGACAGCCAUGUGCUCACUUCUAGCACUAAGUGUAAAUGCAGUCUUUUUCUGUGACGCUCGACAGAAAUCCCAGUGGAAGUUUUUCCUGCCUCUAACCUGUCUACUUUCUUUCAUAAUGAUAAAUGAUGGGAAAGCCUGAGGGAGGGGGGAAACUAUCUAAGCAUUCAACUGAUCGUGUCUGUAGAAGGAUGGGAAGGGAGAAUGUUGAUUCAUUUAAAACAGAACUUUAAUAUGGCUAAAAUCUUUGAUAUUUUUCUCAUUUUGAUCAUUUUUUGCAUUCUUGUAAGUAAGCUUAAGGCUAAUUCAUUACCCAAAGAUGUCUCAUCGGAUAAGACAAUGUGGUUACUUUUAUUCUUCACUUUAAAUUUAAUUGAUUACCUUUCCCACUUCCAGUUUGUCCUGCACACAGUCGCUUGGUAGCAGUCACCUUUAUUUCAGUCAAGGUAUCCAUUGCGUGCUUGCUGACUGUUUCCCAUUACCUCUGCAGCACAAAGCAAGUUCAUCACCUUUCCAGGAUGUCUUGUGAUUGAUUCCUCAUGUCUGGGGAAAUAUGCUCUAAAGUUUCAGGCUAAAAUGAGUGCUUGGAUUUAGUGUGGAUAAUCAGUGGUUUAAGACUUAUUCUUCUUAUGAACUAUUCAUCUAUUUAUGAGAUACACAACUAAUAUUAAAUAUAAUAUGUUAAAUUUAAAAUGUUAUUAUUCCCUCAGUAGCUGCUCAGACGCACUGGGCAUGACUAAACCAUGAUUUGCAGAGUGUGUCUGCGUCAUCCAUCAAGCACAACUACUCUCUGCCUCAGACCUAACCUGUGCGCAGCAAAGCCAAGGCUGAAAGCCUUGAAAAGAAGAUCAGAGGCCUGGUCUUGCCAUGCUGAAAUCUAUAAAAGUUUUCCUACUGACUUCAACAGAAACAGGACUAAGCCUUAUGAUUCUGGCAGGAAAAUCUGAGAAUAUUCCUUUACAGCUCUCUACUGAAUGUUGAACUCCAGAAUACAUUGUUGUCAGCCUUAUGUAAGACAGAGACUGUUAAGGAAAGACAGUAGUUUUGCACAUACUGUUCUCUGCACAUGUUGUUCUUCAGUAAAUAUUUAUCAAAGGAUGCGUCCGUUCCUGCUGGCAGCGUCCGAGGCAUUGGACAAAUUUGGCCUGAUUUCCUGCUGUCAGUGCAAACCUCCCAACUAGAAGCUGAAUUUAUCAAGUUUCGUCUUUCAAAACUGUUAAAAUCAUUCUUAUCCAAGUAGAUAGUGCUGACAAAAAUGGUCAUUCGAUGAAAUACUCUUUAAGAAAAGGCACGUCCUCCAGCUUGUAAGUACAGCCCCACUGAAAAUAUUCAUCAAAACUGUAACAAAGCACGGCUAAAGGCCAAAAAUUUGUAUUUGCUGAAAACUAAGGAAAACGGCAACAGAAAGAAAACCAGAUGAAAGUUUGUUGGCACUUGCAGGAUACUUGUUCAGGCCUCUUACCCUCUACUAUUUGUCUGUGGAACUAGACUCUUUUGACCUGUUCUAGCUAUUCCUCACAUGUUCAGUGUGUUUUACUUUUCUUUUGCUUGAACAAGUUUAUAAUUAACAUAAAAUAAGCCUGAUUUUAAUUGAGUUAGCAUUAUCAGCACUUUGCACUAAUUUAUAUACCCUUUCAUUUCCUCUUUUAAGCUCUUUUUAGGUCAGACUUAGGCUUGGGGCUGUGCUUUGGUGCACACUGUGCAAAGGAUGUGGUGGCUGAGCAGAAAGGGCUUGGAUCCCAAAGCCUCAGGGCUUACUACCACCAGAUGCCUGAACUGAAAUCUCUCUUUUGGAGUGCAGUUGUUCUGGAAGAGAACCUGAGGAGCUGCAGCUGCGCCUUCUCUACCUAUGCCUGGUACUUACAGCACCCCGUGGCUAAAGGGACCUGUGGUCAACUCCUCAACUCCUGACGGACACAGCCUGCAGUGUACCAUGGGCUGGGAGAGUUAAUGGUUUGGAGGAGACUGUUCCACCCGCAUGGGAAUAAUUAGCAUUGCAAGGACUGUGAGGCCCCAGGCCACUGCCCAGGUCAUGCAGAUGGAAAGAAGCAAUGUGUCCAAGCCCCAUGCUGGCUGCUAAUGGCAUACCUCAGGGAUACUGGGACUCUCUAAACUCUGUGCUGUGAAGAACAGCUGGCAGUGGCAGCGGUCAGGGAGUGGCUGCUACCCAGCCCUGCUGGCACUGAGGAGGUGGCUUUGUGCGUGCCCCUAGGGGGGCUGCAUCUGUAUGAAGAUCUGGAGGUUUAUGCUAUCUUUUUAUUAUUGAAGGCUUGUUACUUCAAACCCACCAUGACUGCUGCGGCUCAGUCCCAGAAACUGUCAGUCAGGGAUGCUUUCUGGCUGCCAUUACAGCAGGGGCUCACUGACAGACAGGUGCCUGCCCUCACUAGGCCUCAUUCGGCCUCGCUAGGCUUGCUUGGCCUUACUUGACAUCACUAGGCCACACUAGGCCUCACUAGGCCACACUAGGCCUCACUAGGCUGCAUCACUGCCCAGACAGCUCUCAGCUGGGCCAUGAAGCCCAAACCCAAGUUUAAUUUUAAACUUCACCUCAAUUUAAACACAACACAGGCUGCUCUGUACCACCCAGAGCUGGCACACGGCGUGCAUCUGCCACGACACUGCUGCCUGAAGGCUUUUCCUGAGGGGGGGGCUCUGUGAUGGGCACCACCUGGGCAGCAGUUUCACACAUGACAUUGUUUUUGUUUUGAAUUCGUGUCGGAAAAGGCUUUUUUGCUUUGGUUGUACCGCUCCCAACAUUUUCUGCUCUUUCAUUUUUAAUAUUGAACCUGUACUUUGUAGAAAGGAAAUAGGUCAAAACGUUAUUCUCCCCAGCAGCAAGUUGUUGGCUCAUGACUUCUGUUACAACCAACUAUCAAAGCAAUGAAAGCCCUCGCUUCACAUUGAAUUUGGGCUGCCUCUUGUCACAGGCAAGUGCGUGGCACCUCCUUGGAGCAGAACCUUAAAUUAAAAUAUUGUAAAUUUUUUGCUGCUCCAGCAGUACUGCAGAAAUGCAAGUGGCCAAGGGGGGAGGAGGUUUUUUCCUCCUGCUGGAAUUUUUCACUAUAACCAUCCUCAGGGGAGUUCUCAUCUUCAAAAGAAACAUUCCUUCUAUACAAGCUGCAAAAAGAAUUAUUUAAUGACAUCAUAAAUUAAUACAGAGAGGCACAAAUUUUCCAAAAUGUGGAGAGAGAGAAAAAAAAAAAUUAUCGUUUGCCAAAAACACCCAAGCUCUUCCAGACUAAGGCCUCUCCUGAGCCUGGGAGCUGCCAACGAUACCAAACUGAACGGUGGGGUUUCUGGCAUGACUCAAGUUUAGCUUGUUUAAAUUUUGGCAAAUACUCGUAUUACUCAUAUACUCAGCAAACUGAUACAAAUAUUUGUUCUAUUUAGAGUGAAGUCCAAACUCACUGCUGGCACCAGUGCUGCUGGACUCGGUGGAACUAAUCUUGCUCAUGCCAGUAUUAAAUUUGGACACCUACCUUAAAGAAAAACAACCUUUGAGGUACAGAUUAGAAUACAUCAAUGGAAAACAGAACUCGUGUGUAGCCAAGUUUUCCUCACUUGCUAAUUUUUGCUUUAAUCUGAUUUGAACUGGACCACGUUUUUCUGGACUUGGGCUGCUACUUGCUGUUAUGAUGCAGCCACCAGGUCAGAGCUGGAGCUGGAAAAGCCUUCAUGCACGUGAAGUUCUCUGCAUUCUUGAGAAGUGAAAUCUGUAGUAAGUAGAGCCUGGGCACAGUGAGCAUAUUUGAUUGAUUUUAGUGCUGCAUAGGUUGCUUUUUUUUAAUGAUGCCUUCAGUUUACUGUUUCUGGUUUGUAAAGCAAAUAGACAAACAACCAACCAGAUGGGAAAUGCAGACCUGCCUUGGGGCUUCGGUUCCUCAUCUGGUCACACCUGCGCUUUGCCCAUGAGCUCUCUCUGGUUUUGGAUUCAAAAAACAGGUUAGGCAUUGUGCAAUGAGAAGAGCAAGACGAAAACCACCACCCUUCCAUUCCUUAAUGCAGCCAAAGCAUGCCCCAGGGGUGUGCUGGCUGAGGAUCUGUGCUCAGUUCAGCUGUGGUUUGUAAGCAGCAUGCUGUUUAAUGCUAUCUAAAUGUUUUUAUAAAGGUCAAGUAGGAGUGGGAUCCUCCUAACUUAACUUUAGCCAUUUAGAAAUGAGAAAUCUAGUCUGCCUGAGCUAGAUUCCUCUGCGAGUGGAAAAUAUCAGCACUGCAGAAUGAUUCAUCCCAUUUUAAUCUGCCCAGUCUCUCUCCAUUGACUAUAAAAGGGGCCUGGAUGACCAGAUUAGCAUAUACCCAAAUUUUAGACACAUAUGUGCUCACUCAGCAUUUUACAAUCAUCCCUGCAGUGGCCAUACCAGGUACCAUUUUCAUAGCUCACGGUGUGCCACAGGGCUGCACGCAGUGCCUGCACAGCUCCCGUGGCUCCUGGAGCAAUGAAUCUUGGCUGUGAGCAUUGCUGCAUGUGUCCUCAGCCUCAGUCUUAAAACCUGGAUUGCUUACAGGUUCAGGGCUCAUCUAUACUGCCUUGACAGAAAGCUGCUGGGCCAAUUCUUGUAGGAGCUGCUUCCAAAACUGCCUUAGAUGCAUAAAUAUUGUAUUGAGUGACAUAAAGUUAAAAAAAAAAGUUAAAAAAAGAAGCAGUGACUACUCCUUGAAAAGGGCAUUAUUAUUGGCCAUAGUUGUGAAACAGGUAAAAUAUCCCAAAAAGAGUCAAGUGCACAUGUGGAUAAAGUGUGGGAUUGGUGUAAUUGGACAGAAGAAGGGAGAAGACAGAGCAAUCAUCCAGUAAUUCACCACAGAACAGCUUUAUGCUUGUUACUGAAAUGCAGCCAGAGACAGUUAAUAGUAGUAAAAUGACUUUAUGUUCUGAUAUGUAAAAUAAAAUGUCCAUGCUAUGUAACAAACAGUUGAAAAUUCCACACCACCUGUAUCUAUUGUGGUUUCUAAUAAAA